AGUAAUGUUUAAGAAAAGAUAAAUACAUUAAAAAAUAUGUACGUAUAAUAAACGUUUUAUUAUCACCAUUAAUAACUUACAAUAAACAACAAUGAAUAAUGAGUGUUCGCCCGCCACACGAACGGAUUUUUAAGAAAUGUUGCCAGCCAGCUCGAUAACCAUAUUCUAGAGUCGAGACAAAAACACACUACAAUAAUUACGAUUAAUCUUGAAUCUUGCGUAAAUACCGGGUUCAGUAAUUCAGUUACAUCUUAAUUAUCGCUCUAAUUAGAUGUCCCCACUAGUCGGGGAUUAUUAUAACCUAUACAAAAAUAAUUGCUCAGAUAACUGAUUAAAUCAUAAACAUCCAUGUGUCGUGUAAAAAUUUUAAUUGUAUUUGUAUUAAUGGUAAAUUAAUAAUAUUAUUAUUUUUUUAUGUAUUUUGUCACGAUUGAAGUAUGCGCUUAAAAAAAGAUUCAGUUCAGAACAGCGACAAUGAAACAACUGCAAGUUCAGUAAAAUCAGUUGAGAGUUAUGGAGUGUUCGGCACCGCAUGUUCCGAUUGCUCGGAUUGUGAGCGCGAGGAAGAAAGAAAACGAAAUCAUAAAUAUGACAAACUGACGACGAGAUCAACCAGCUGCACAAGUUUCCACAGCACAGCUGAUCACGAAACCUACCCUCUGCUGAUGGCAGCAAACUUAACCAACACAUAUAAAACUAUCAGCUCAAGUUCUGACACCCUGGGUCCAGCGGAGUUAUCCGGAAGUGACAUCAUAGCUACUUACAAACGGACGAUGGAGAAGAAUGACGAAACAGAUAAGAAUAAGCAAAGCUCUCUUGUAACCAUUUUUUCGAUAUGGAACACAAUCAUGGGUUCAUCCCUGCUGACGAUGGCGUGGGGUGUGGAGCGCGCGGGGCUGCCGAGUGCCCUCUUCCUGCUCGCUUUCAUGUCAGCCCUGUGUCUCUACACGGCCCACAUACUCCUCAGGGUCAACGUGCAUCAUGGCGGCGCGCGCUGCGAGGUGCCGGCGCUGUGCCGCGCGCUGCUGGGCGGCGGCGCGGCGGGCGCGGCGCACGCCUUCAGCGUACUCGUGCUGCUCGGCGCCAACGUCGUCUACUGGCUGCUCAUCACCAACUUCCUGUACCAUACCGUCAACUACUUCAUGGAUGUGGAAACGCCAAACUCGACAGUUUACAACACAAGCCUCCUAUGUCCUAAGCACGAUCCUCUGAUCACUCCUUCGGACCAACCAAUGGUGGACCCGUCACCGUACUGGGGUCUGCACACCACGGUUCCCUUUUACGUGGCUAUCAUCGUCUUCCCAUUGCUUUGUUUUAGAAAUGUUUCAUUUUUCACCAAAUUUAACUCUUUAGGAACUCUAUCGGUGUUCUACUUGCUGCUAUUUGUAAUAGUGAAGGGUUGGACUUGGGGAAUUAACAUGGGGGACCUGAUGGUGACUCGGGGGAGAGGAGGCAGUGACGCGGCCGUGCUCAGUGGGAUGCUCGCCCUUUCUUUCUAUAUACAUAACAUUAUAAUCACGAUUAUGGGCAAUAAUGCAAGACAAGAUAAAAACGGUCGUGACCUAACAAUAGCUUUCCUGCUGGUAACCAUAACUUACACGCUUGUUGGAGCCAUCUUUUAUAUAUGCUUUCCGCUCUCCAAGUCUUGCAUCGAAGAUAAUAUUCUAAACAAUUUCGAAAUGCAUGACGUGAUGACAGCAAUUGCGCGAGCGUUACUUCUUUUUCAGGUGGUGACGGUGUACCCGCUGGUGGUGUUCAUGCUGCGGGCGGAGGCGGCGCAGCUGUGCCGCGCGCCGGCGCCGGCCGUCAACGUGGGCGUGGUGGCGCUCUGCAUACUCGUGGCCUGCCUCUGUCCCGACAUCGGCACCAUCAUCAGAUAUACGGGCGCGGUGAGCGGGUUGGUGCACGUGUUCGCUUUGCCGGCCUUGCUGCAAAUGCAGUCUCUGCGACUACGAGGGAAGUUGACUUGCUGGAAAGCAAUAUUUUAUUCCCUUAUUAUAGCCUUCGGGACUGUUAAUCUUGUAAUGCAGUUUUUUAUUGCGUAAUAUUUUACUGUUAAUUAUUUAUAAGUAUAUUCAAUAUUUUGUCUCCGUUUUGCAAUAACAUUGAAAAGGAUCUCA